UGGACGUUCUCAUCGCAAAAAAUAUGCAUCAAUUCUGUAGUAACAAGAUCGAGUUACAACAGAAUGAAUAAUAAUACCGACAGUGCAUUCAUUCGACUUACAGGCAAUGGACUUAGUGAAUCGAUGCGAUUCACGUUAUUUAUUUCUAUAAAAUCUACACUGCUGCGUCUAAAGUUAAAUAUGUAAAGCUUAAAAUUUCACGUGAAGAAUGCACACAUUUAGGAUAUGUAAAAUAAAGUCAUUCCCCUGCAUCUUUUUCUUAUCGAAUACAUAAUUAGCUUAUUUAAAUUGUGUUAUGUGGCAGAGGAGGAACAAGUACAAGUACAAUUACUUGUACUUCAAAAAUGUACUUGCACAUGCAGUACAUUUCAAGUACUUUAAGUACUUUUUGUCCAUUAAUACUUUUUCUUAUUUUCAAGCAGUUCUCAAGUACUCUCCGGUGCGGUGCUAUAGACCAACUGCAGGCAUCAACAGGUUGCAUCUUAUUUGUUGUUGCUGGUCGAUGCGUAUUAAUCAGCUAUCUUAACUAUUACUUGCUGAGAUGUUUGUUGUCUCAUCAUCAUCGCUGCUCGACAUUCACUGCUAUUUGUAUGUUUCGUUGGUUUAGAAUACUCUUCGGUAUGCUGGUUUGUGAAAUUACCUUCUUGGCCCGUGUAGUUCUUUACUACAGAGUUUGAAUUUUCCUUUGAUUUGCUUGCUUUUCGCAGGAAUGAAAUCUAAAACCAUUUGAGUAAAUUCAUUUUUUGUAUGUCCUAUUCAAUAUUAUCAAAUUUUGUUUUACCGUAUAGAUAGGCUGUAUCAGGACUGAGCGAUGACUCAUCUGCCACCAUUAAUGGUCAAAUGUGGCCUUUUUUAACUUUCUGAAAAUUAUGCAUUAGUGUUUUUACUAGUACUGCUCUUUGCGCAAAAUGAAUGUUUGACGCUACCAUUUGUGGAAAGCAGACAGUGUUAGUGGAUCGUUUCUGCGUCGAGAAUAAUAGUCUAUGUAUCAGAAAAUACUUCAGAACUAUUUGAAAAUACGAAAAAGUAUUAAUGGACAAAACGUACUUGAAACGUACCUCAAUUACAAGUACCAGUACAUUUUUGAAGUACAAGUAUUUGUACUUUGCACUUAAAAAGUACAAGUAGAAGUAUAAAUAUCCCUCCUCAGGUAUGUAAUAACUUUUUUCUGUGAACAAUAUUGAUCAGUAGUAAACCCACUCAAUAUCUGAAUUUUAUUUUAGAAUAUCAUUUUCAGACGUUAGAAACUUUAUUUAGAACACAAUCAAGGUACAACGGUUACGAUUUGAAAUAUUUCGCAUCUUACAAAGACUGGUUGUUCAUAUUAAUUGCGUUAAAUUAAAAUUACCAUUAUAUGAAUUCUCAGUAGAAUUAUUACAAGAAAUACAUUUAAAUACAGUAUUAACUCUAUUGACACCAGCUGGUUCAGAAAAAUCAACUAUGAUUCCGGCAUUGAUUUGCAGAUGGUUACGAUAAAAUUUUUGUCGCACAACCACGAUCUUCAUGGUGUGAAUUAUUGGCACAUCACGUUGAAACCAAAAUAGCUAACGUAGCCAGUUGGAUUAAAUCAGAUAAGCAAUCAAAUGCGAAUGCCAAUGUGUUAUAUUUAACAGACAAUCUAUUGAAAGACUAUAUAUUACAUAAUGAAGCACAUCUGCUGAGACAGAAAAACUUGAAAAACAGAAUAAUUUUCUUUAUUGAUGAAAUACACGAACGUUCAAUUGAUAUCGAUUUGUGCUUGGCAUUGUUAGCUCGUUUAUUAACAAAUAAGUCUAAAACAAAUACAAAAGUAAAAAUUAUUUUAUCAUCAGCUACAGUAGAUACAAAUAUAAUACACUUAUACCGUACGUUGAAAGAAUUAAACUUCUGUGAAUUUACAAUACCAUCCUUAACCACAUUGUAUCCAAUUCAAAUUCAUAAAACUGAUGAAAAUGUAUUAAAUUUGGUACAAAGACUCUAUCGUAUACUAAAACCAGAAGAACAAAUAUUAUGUUUUGUUAAAUCUGAAAUAGAUGUUUCACAAUCAAUUAAUUGCUAUCAAAAUUAUCUAAGGAGACUAUUAAUGCAUUGCCUUUACUAUCAGCACAAUCAACAGAAGAACUAA